GAAAACGACAAAACGAGUAUCAGGAAGAACGUCAAUAAUAAAGUCCAUUACAAAUACAUCUGAUUAAUAAUGACUUGUAAAAGAAUGUUGUGUUAAAUUGUUUCUUUUAUUAUUUAUACGUAUUGUCUGUAUAAAAAAGUGCAAGUGCUCGAUGACUCAUCUAAAGUAAUGAAAGGAAAAGGAUAAAAAGCAACAAAACAAACACCUCAAGUAUCUUACUUAAUUAAGUUAUGUGCCUUAUUUUUAGAUUUUAAGGAAUAAUACACAUCAAAAAUGGAUGAUCGAAGAGUCGCAGAUUAUUUUGUAGUAGCUGGUUUACCAGAAAUUCCAGAGACUCUGGAUGAGACAACUUUAUCUGAGGGAGGAAGCUUGAAAGCCAGUCAUGGCCAGCCACCUAUUACAGAUAUCAGUGUUAUUUUUCCAAGUUUAGGAGAAAUCAAACCGGAUGACUUUGAAGUAAUCAGUAAAACACCAACAGGCUUAAGUGCAGAUUUGAAUCAUGGUAGUUUAAGAACUAUUGAAUGUUUCUUGUGUAUCAAAAGAGGAAGAGACAAACCACCUUUAGUUGAUAUAGGUGUGAUGUAUGAAGGUAAAGAAUGGCUAAUGGAGGACGCAGAAGUUGUGAAAAAAAGUGUCGGUGGCAACGUUGCAAAUGUAAAUAAUUCAGCUUCUCAAACUUUUAUCACUUAUAGAAGAGGACCAAAGUCAAUGCCUUGUAAUGCAUUGGUUGUGACAGAUGUAUGCGUAGUGAUAGCUAGCAAGGGAGAAUCACCACCUCAUGCUUUUUGUUGUAUUAACAAAAAUUUGAAUAAAGGGUUGGUCGGUAGUGAUGUGUUCUUAUGCUAUAAGAAAUCUAUGAAUCGUGCUACUCUUUUGACCUAUAAACCUGAGGUUUUAUCAAGGUAUCCCUUAGGAGAUCUUCCUGAAUUUCCAUUUCCUGAUUCUGUGCCUUUAUUUUGUUUGCCGAUGGGUGCAACGUUGGAGAUGUGGCCUAAAGAAGCCACCCAACCAAAACCCGUUUUCAGUACCUUCGUAUUGACAGUUUCUGAUGCUAAACACAAAGUGUAUGGAUCCGCUGUUACUUUCUAUGAAAGAUUCUCGGAGAACAAGUUAACUCAAAAACAAACAGAGCUGCUAAAUUAUGAAGAAGACUCGGAGUUUGCUCUACAUGCAAAUAAAUCGAUAUGUGUCUUAUCACAUUGGCCUUUUUCUGAAGAUUUUGAAGUUUGGCUGAGAUGGUUGCAUGGUAUUGCUACGAGCGGUAAACCUCAACCUAUUCCAAUUGAAAGAUACAUAACUCAACUAUUGGAUGAAGUACAAUUUCCUUCGCCGAGGAUAUUGCUCCAAAUGUCACCACACAACAGCAAAGAUAGAGUAAUCUUGACCCAACCCGAAGAUUUGCCUUUACCUAGAAGUGCCGCAAGUUUUAAACACCUGUUAAUCAACUUGGGACCGGAAAAUUGUUUACAAGUAUUACUUUUGAUGUUGACCGAACAAAAAGUGUUAAUCCACUCCUUAAGACCGGAUACUUUGACCAGUGUAGCUGAAGCCGUUUCGACAAUGUUCUUUCCGUUUAAGUGGCAGUGUCCAUAUAUACCUUUAUGUCCACUUGGACUUGUUGAAGUACUUCAUGCACCACUACCAUUCCUCAUAGGCGUCGAUUCCAGAUUUUUCGAUCUGUAUGAUCCACCAACUGAUGUCAGCUGUAUAGACUUAGAUACAAACAUUAUUACCGUUGCUGAAAGUCAACGGCAAAAUCUUAAUAUUAAACUACUUCCCAAAAAGGCUGCUAAGAUUCUUAAAUCAACUCUGGAUUAUCUUUACUAUCAGUUACGAAACAGUACAACUAACAACGCAUCAGAUGCCAAUGUACAGGACGACAUCGAAUUAGAAUUUCAAAGAAGAAAGAAACAGCAAUCGCAAGAGCUAGAAAUACAAGAAGCCUUCCUGAAAUUUAUGGUUUUAUCUUUAAAAGGCUAUAGAUCAUAUCUUUUACCUAUUACAAAGGCCCCUACAGUUGGUACAACUGAUCCGGAAGCCUUGUUUCAACUAAACGAUUUUCUAAAGAGUAGAGAUAAAGUUAAUCAUAGAUUUUUCACAUUAGUUAUGAGAACACAAAUGUUUAUAAGAUUUAUCGAAGAAAGAAGUUUCGUAGCGGACGGUGACCAAGGUUUGGCAUUUUUUGAUGAUUGUAUAGAAAAAAUCGGACACGAAGAAAACAACAGUUUCCGUUUGAUAGAACUUGAUUCUGUUCACAAGAGCGAUCGGACAGUGUUUGUUUUACCUCCAGAACCCACUGCACCUGGUGAAAUGUAUGAAUACAAACAUUUCAAUCUAAGGGCAGGUCUUCUGAUUGGGCAUGGUAAAAGGAAAAAUCCUUUAUCUUCUCUAUUCCAAACGAUAACGCCAGGAUCGCCGAUGGCCAGGAGGACAAAGCAGGAGAUUAAAUCUGCUCAAAAGUUGGCUCGGAAAUGUUUGCGUUCCCCUGAUCUUUGGGCACGAUGCCUCUGCGGUACAUGCCACACCUUAUAUUUUAUGAUAUUGCCAAGUAUGUUGCAUCUAAAUGCCGGAAAAGAGAAGGCCAUAUUGCAACAAUCGUAUGAACUACUUGUCAAAGCAACCAAACUAAGAUUGACCUGUGAUGAAGUUUGCUAUCGGUUGAUGAUGCAGCUGUGUGGGGAACAUUCCAGACCGUUGUUAGCUGUUAAAUUGUUGGUGUUGAUGAAGAAAUUUGGAAUUCAGCCGAACGCUCUUACUUACGGUUUAUAUAACCGUUGUGUAUUAGAAGCAGAGUGGCCCGCUCAUUCAAGUUCGAGUCAGUUGUUGUGGAAUAAAUUAAGGAACGUUGUUAUCGGAGCGGCUCAUUUCAAAUGGGCAGUUCGAAAGAAAUCUGCAAUCCAUAUGUCAGCGUCUACUGAAGGAGGGAGCAGUCUUUUGGAUCAAACAGAUCGUGCAAUAUCUCGAUCAUCCUUGGAUUCGCACGAAGCGAUUCGGGAGGACCAUCCUCCCCUACGGAGAGGUACCAGCAUUAUUAAAGGUAGUCUUAACGGACUAGAAGAAGUGGAUGGGUUAGAAACUAUUAACGGAAACGAGCAGGAGGAAGAGCAAGAAGCGGAAGUCACGCUGAAGCAAAAUGGUGACAUUGAAGAAGAAGAACAAUCGACUGAAAAGGAACAGACUGAAAAGAAAAUCGUUCCUACUCCUGAUAGUCCGUCCGAAUAUAGACUUUUGUCCAGGUCUGAAAGUGCUGCUGACGCAAAUCUUUUAGAUCAAAUACAGGCCAACAACAAAAGAAGUUGUUCGAAAGCAUUAAACUUUAAUAAUAAUGGCACUGAUGAAAAAGAAGAAAUCGAAUACGGAGAUAAUGAAAAUAACAGUCCUGGAAAGGUGUCUCGUGAAGUGAUAACAGAAAAUGAUCCACUAGGCGCUUUUACCGUUCCGCUUGAAGAAACAGCCUCCACUCAACCGUCCCAAACUGCAGAUUCUAGCUAUACCCGGAAUUCUUCUAAUCUUUCUAUCGAACCCGUCCUUUUCCGAUCAUCCGUUCAGCGAUCAGCCACCUUCGAGGGAAGUCCACCAUCGCAAAAUAAACUACAACGUUCUGAGACUGUGCCUGCAGCUACGGUUGCUUCGAGUUUGGCCAGUUUCGGAUCAAGUUUGAAGCUUGGAUUUAGCCGCUAUUCACCAUCACGCCUUUCCCUGCGCAAAGCUGAUCUGAAAAUGCCGCAUCAGUUCAUUGAGAAUGCCUUUAAUAACUUCGGUCCAAGUAGUUUAACUAGUAAAAAAUCCAACGAACUAAUACAAGGUGGUCUCAGUUCGAUCAAAUCGGCGGCCACUACAAUGGUAAAGAAGAUGGAAGAAAUCAAAGAAGCCAUAUCAACGUCCACCAAUUCGACACCUGUUAAAGUCUUGACGGGUGACAGACUGGCGACUGGAGACGCUCCUGAAGGUACGGAAGGCGAUUCGAAUGAUGGAAGUGAUUGUGGAGACAGACACAGAAAGAUUUCCACUGAAAUGAGCAGUUAUAGAGGAAGCGUAACCAAUUUGAAGGAGUACGAUGAAAUUCUGCCCGAGAGUCUGUUUCCAAUGCCGAAAGAGGAUAAAACUGAAAGUGAAUUAGACAUAACCUUAACUACGUGCUCACAAUGCCACAACUGCUCGUGUCUUCUCUACGAUGAAGACAUCAUGGCAAACUGGUCACCGGAAGACUCCAACUUAAACACAGUAUGCCAGAACUGUAACAAACCGACCGUCCCGUUUUUGACUGUUUCAAUUACCGGCCCAGAUAUCGAACCGUGCGAUCCGUUUAGCAUACCAUACCUGAACCCUCUCGUUUUAAGAAAAGAACUGGAAAACAUUUUAACACAAGAAGGUGAUUUGUGCUUAUCGGACUACAAGUUCGUCGAUGAUCACCCGAUUAUUUAUUGGAAUCUCGUGUGGGUGUUCGAGAGGAUCAACGUCCAGACGCAUCUCCCGAAUUUAUAUUUGAGAAAAAAGGCAUCCUCUGAAAAUACUGGCAGCAGCAAUAAACUUAACGUGGAGAAUGGUGAUAGGUUAUCAGGCGGAACAACUUCCAUGGAACCAGUUGAAGAGGGAACUGAUCCUUUGACUCAGGAGCUCACGGCUUUGGCACAAUUGGCCGCUCAAGUCCAUUUGCGAUGCCACUGGGAUGAGCCUGGUUUACAUAUUGACGGUCCUCCUAUGUACAUGUUGUGGAAAAUGAGAGAUACUUCCCAGUUUAACUCUAACGGAAGGAGCCUAAUUACAAAGACGUUUAUGCAGCAGAUCAUAAACUACAUACGUGUAAGUGACCUAGCGGAACCAGUGAGGACUUUAUCUAAAGAUAGAAAAGAAGACGAAAACAACAAGUGCAACUCAAUCUACAGAGACAUUCUAUUUUUAGCUUGCAAAGUAUUAGGGCGGGCUCAGAUCGAUAUUAACACGUUUGACAAAGAGUAUGCAGCAGCCUAUUCUAGGGCAACAGAAAGACAAUACAAGCUUUAUCCGCAGGAUAAACCCAUCAGUUUAUCGGCUCUUUAUUGUAGACAAUAUUUCAGACCUCUAACAUUGCCUUGAGUUUUACUAGUACAGGUUUUCUGUUAAAAGUUAGGUUGUUAUCACGAAAACGCUGUAUCUGUGAGACACAGCUGUCAAAUCAAACUCGGCUCCAUUUAUGCGGGUGGAGCGUUAGCAUAUAUUUUAUAAUUAAUUGUUUGUACAAAGAUAAUAUACAUAUCUAAUAAAGAAAUAUAUG